ACCUUCCUGAGACAGCAAGUCCGAAAGAGAAAGAUGCAGUGCCGCCCCAUUUCUUUGUGAAUACCGCCAAGUGCAAGAUUCCGUAUGUGGAUCCUUUCGAGCCGAAUGCCAUGGCAGUGUUCCACCCCGAGCACUUCGAGUCUUGUUCCAACGAAAGUGCUUUGGUAACCCCUAUCUAUGACGACAGCCGAAAGCGAUAUUUGUUGUUCAUCAACGAAACGCUAGCCUCUAUUAUUCUGAAAUCUAAUAGGGAGAAGUACAGCUGUUACUAUCAGAAGAUAAGCCGCAAUCGGCGGCACGACAGUUAUAAAAAGGCAAAACGGAAGUACUUCACUCAGAGCUACAAAGUACCUCUCGAUGUUCAUGGACUGAUUUUGGCCUGUCAUCGUCUUGGCAACGAGUCUGACAUUCUGCAGAGCGAUGCCUACAGCCUCAUCCAACACACCCCACCUCCCAAAGGACUUUCGAUGGAAGGAAGGAAAAGGAAGCCAAGUGUACUUAUGUUCGGCAUAGACAGCCUGUCGCGGAUAAAUUUGCGUCGAACGAUGCCAAAUGUCUUUAACUUCCUGAAGGGCAGCGGAUGGUUUAAGCUGCAGGGACACAAGAAGAUAAGCGACAACACCUUCCCUAACCUUCUGUCCAUUUUGGCUGGCUAUCAUCCAGACUCGGUCUUGGAAAAGUUGUGCGACUGGCGCUAAAAGGGCUGCCUGGACCAGAUUCCAUUCAUAUGGAAGCACUUCCGGAACGCCAGCUAUCUGACUGCCUAUGGCGAAGAUGAGACGGGCAUAAAUACAUUUAACUCGAUGGUACCCGGUUUUCUGGAGCAACCCACCGACUACUACCUCAGGCCCUUCCAACAGGACUGCUCUAUGAGGUACUGCAUUGGCCAAAGGAUCACCAGUAGCUACGCCUACGACAUGGCCAGGAAUUUCGCCAGGCGCUUCCUGCACGAGCGUCCCAUAUGGGGUCUUUUCUGGUCGAACAGCUUCAGCCACGACAGCUUUCAGAUGCCCUCGAAAAUGGAGGACUAUGUCCUGCAGUAUCUGCUGGAUUUCCAGGCGGAUGGAGUGUUCGAGCAGAGUAUUAUGAUAUUCCUCUCUGACCAUGGAGCUCGUUAUGGGCAAAUCAGGUACCUGCCCAGUGGGUUCCUGGAGGAGCGUCUGCCCUCGAUGUUUAUAUACUUGCCGCCAUGGUUCCGGGACCAAUAUCCGGAAUAUGUGUGCCUGACCUCCAACUACGAUCUGCACAACACCCUGAAGCACCUCAUCGAACUGGGGGGCACUCCAGGUGGCCAGAAACUCAACAAAGCCGCCGACUGUCCAAAGUGUCAGUCCGUAUUCCUGCCCAUCGAUGAGUCGAGGACUUGUGAGGACGCCGGAAUACCGGAGCACUACUGCACCUGCGUGCCAUUCAAAAGACUUCAGGCCCAUUGGGCCAGGCGGAUUGCUCCCCAGGUGAUAAGGCGAAUCAACGAAUACCUGGCCGCCAAGAAUCUCAGUGGCCUUUGCUCGGAACUAACUUUGAAGUACAUCCACCAUACUGAGAUCAAAAUCGACCUAGACCGGAAUUUCAAUGAUGAAGUGCCUUAUACAGAUGUGGCCACCUAUCGCACCAUGUUCAAAGUGAAUCAGAACUCUGCCGAUUUUCGAGCCACCGUUCUCUUCAACAUUUUCACGGGGUCUGUGGAAGUGGAGGUGCCCUCCAUCAGUCGGCUCGACAGUUAUGAAGAGGUUUCCACUUGCGUCGACGACAAAACCGACAAGAAGUACUGCAUUUGCAAAAUGAAUUAUUUCAAACGAUUCCUCAGAAGAAUCCUGGAGUUCAACAUUUUUAAUUUUAAUUAA